AUGACGUUAGAGCUGCUGGAUGUGAAUGACAAUGUUCCACAGUUCCCUCAAUCAUUUUAUACUAUACGUGUAACGGAGAAUAACGCACCUGGGGCCUUGCUGAGUUCACUAUCUGCGUUUGACCCUGACCUCCAUGAAAACCAGUAUCUAGUUUAUUUCAUCCUAGAGAAGGAGAUAGCCAACACCUCCAUGUCCAUGCUGUUCUCCAUCAAUCCAGAGAACGGGAACCUUUACGCACUAAAAACUUUUGACUAUGAGAUCGAGAAGGAGUUUCUUUUCCACAUCGAGGCCAGAGACUCUGGCUCUCCUCCACUGAGCAGUAACGUGACCGUGCACAUCAUUAUUGUGGACCAGAACGACAACGCUCCGGUUAUUGUGUCUCCGUGGCGCGCGCACGGCUCUGUGGUGGAGGAAAAGAUCCAAAGAUCCACCGAUAAAGGCUCUCUGGUUGCCAAAGUGAUAGCCUUAGACACCGACUCGGUGCACAACUCUCGGAUCACCUACCAGUUCCUACAGGUGACUGACGCCACCUUGUUCAGUCUGGACCAGUACAACGGAGAGAUCCGGACUAUGAGGAUGUUCAGUUACAGAGACCCGCGCCACCAGCGACUGGUUGUUGUUGCCAAAGACAACGGGCAGCCUGCUCUGUCUGCCACAGUCACCAUCAAGCUGUCCACAGUGGAGACUGCCGUGAAGGCCUACUCUGACAUGACUGAGGUGCCUCUGGAAUACGACAUCUUUUCAGACCUAAACCUGUAUUUGGUCAUCGGUCUGGGCUCGGUGUCAUUUCUCCUGCUCAUCACCAUAUUGGUCACCAUCGUGCUCAAGUGUCAGAAACCCAAGCCCAGCAAAGCGGCUCCUCCCUGCAGGAACAGUGUGAUCAGUGAGAGGAACUCCACCAUCGCAGAUUCCACUCUGGUCUCCAACGAUGCCUACUGGUACAGUCUGUUUCUAGCGGAGACCAGGAAAGGGAAGCUGGUGGUUAGACAGCCUGUGCCAAAGGGCUCCAGAUACAUCGUGUCCAGUCUACCGAGAGGCACAGGACUGACAGACACUAGCGACUCAGCUGCUUCCACUCUGCAGGUAAGAGUCCAACUGUUCCCGCACACAACAACGAGCCCUUCUGUAACAAUGCAGUCUUGUAAAAGGUACGUGCUGCUCGUUGUUCUUCUUUCCUUCGUUCAUCACAUAUCGACUUCAGUGACUCAUUAUUCAAUACCAGAGGAAAUGAAAGAAGGAUCAGUUGUAGCAAACCUUGCUACCGAUCUCAGUUUGGAUGUUAAAACACUGAAUCAGAGGAAGAUGCGUCUCGACAUCAUUGCAAAUAAGAAAUAUCUGGAUGUGAACAAAGAGACGGGUGAACUGUACAUUGUUGAGAAGAUAGACAGGGAAUAUAUUUGUACAAAAAUGCUGACAUUGUGUUACUUGAAAAUGGAAGUAAUACUAGAAAAUCCAUUACGAAUAUUUAAUAUAGAACUAGAAAUAAUGGAUAUGAACGACAACGCCCCACAGUUUCGAAGAGACGCCAUACAUUUAGAUAUUUCCGAAGCGACGCCAAAAGGGGAGAGAUUCUCUCUCAGCAAUGCAGUUGAUCCUGAUGUUGGAAGCAAUUCAGUGAAAACAUAUCAUCUGAGUGAAAGUGAACAUUUUAAUAUUGAAGUUCAGACCGGGAGAGAUGGGUCGAAGUUUGCCGAAUUAAUCUUAACAAAGAAUUUAGAUCGAGAGCAGCAAGCUGUUCAUAAUUUAAUACUCACAGCUGUAGACGGAGGCACACCUGCUCGUUCUGGCACUGCAAGUGUUAUAGUUCAUGUUUCAGACACAAAUGACAACGCUCCUGCUUUUGACCAAGGGAGUUACAAUCUAAAAAUAAUGGAAAAUUCUCCCAUAGGGAGCCUUGUUAUUCAUCUUAAUGCAACAGACUUAGACGAGGGAUCAAAUUCUGAUAUCACGUACUCAUAUAGUUUAUAUACGUCAGAGAAAACACAAGAAACAUUUAACCUGAAUCCUUCCACUGGUGAAAUUAAUGUUAAAGGAAUGUUAAAUUAUGAGGAUUUCAGGAUUUAUGAUAUGGAAGUUAUAGCAACCGACAAAGGAGCCAAUAGUUUGUCAGGACAAUGUACCAUAAAGAUUCUGGUUGAAGACAUGAAUGAUAAUCACCCAGAAAUAUCUAUUAAAUCAUUUCAGAGUCCAGUCAAUGAAAACAUAGAAUUAGACACAGUGAUAGCUGUAGUUAGUGUCAGUGAUAAAGACUCAGGUGACAACGGAGUGGUAGAUCUGCAUAUUCCAGAUAACAUGCCUUUCAGACUGAGGGAGUCCUCUGAUAACUAUUAUGAAUUAGUAGUGUCAGAGCCGUUAGACCGCGAGAAGGUCCCAGAAUAUGACAUCACUUUCACUGUUACAGACAGAGGUUCUCCUCCUUUAUCUGACAAUGAAACUAUGACGUUAGAGCUGCUGGAUGUGAAUGACAAUGUUCCACAGUUCCCUCAAUCAUUUUAUACUAUACGUGUAACGGAGAAUAACGCACCUGGGGCCUUGCUGAGUUCACUCUCUGCGUUUGACCCUGACCUCCAUGAAAACCAGUAUCUAGUUUAUUUCAUCCUAGAGAAGGAGAUAGCCAACACCUCCAUGUCCAUGCUGUUCUCCAUCAAUCCAGAGAACGGGAACCUUUACGCACUAAAAACUUUUGACUAUGAGAUCGAGAAG